GCUGAAUCGUUGAGUGUGCCGCCCAGCGUCUGUUACUAAAAGGAAUUAUUAUUCAUAUUAUAUACUAAGUAUAUACUAAUACAGAUAUGUUUCGGGGGCCAUUAUUACUGAGCAUUGUUGCAAGCUUGCUGUUGCACAAUCAUGCCAGCCCGCAAAAUGCUGACUUGGAUAAGACCAUUAAGGACAUUUUUUCACAAAAUCCCUCUGUGCCCACGCAAAACACAGGCACAGGUUUCGGCAGAGUUGUUACGCCCGUACCUGGUACGCAACCGCAAAUAGAAUUCAACUCGACAAGUGGCAAAGCACCAUGUAACUGUGUACCCUAUCAUAUGUGUGAUCCAAACACGGGCACUGAAACUACACCAGUUGAAGAUGGUGAAUUUGAUGGUUUCGGCUUAAUCGACUUGCGCUUCGGCGACGAUGAUCCUGUGUGUGAACACUUCCUGGACGUAUGUUGCGGCAGUCAAAAUCAGCAUCGCGACAGUCUCACACCGAAACCGCAGGAAGAACGUCCUAAUCGGCCUAAAGGAUGCGGCAUACGCAACGUCGGUGGUAUUGACUUCAAUAUUACUGGAGCUCUCGACAACGAAGCUGGUUUUGGUGAAUUCCCUUGGACUGUGGCUUUGCUGCAUGCCAAUAAUUACAGUUACUUCUGCAGUGGUUCACUCAUACACCCACAAGUUGUACUCACCGCAGUACAUUGUGUAAUUGGUCGGCCAGAAUCAAGCUUCCUCGUACGUGCUGGUGAGUGGGAUUCACAAACAACCAAAGAACGUCUGCCCUAUCAGGAACGCAACGUGCAACGGAUCAUUACACACCCUAAUUUUAAUCAUCGCAAUGUUGGCAAUAAUUUUGCAUUGGUUGUACUUACUCAGGCGGUUGUAUUGGCCGAUCACAUUAAUGUCGUGUGUUUACCCAGCCAAAAUGCGGCACCGCUAGCCGGCGCCCAAUGCUUUGCCAAUGGCUGGGGUAAGGAUGUCUUCGGUGAAGCUGGACGUUUCAGCGCCAUAAUGAAACGUGUACCACUGCCCAUUGUAGAUUUCGGCAGUUGCCAAACACGUCUCCGCGGUACACGUUUGGGGCCGAAAUUCGUUUUGGAUCGCUCGUUCGUUUGCGCUGGCGGUAAGCGCGGUGUUGACACCUGUCAAGGUGACGGUGGCGCUCCACUUGUAUGUCCAAUUGGUUUGCCAGCGGAGAAUCGUUACGAACAGGACGGCAUUGUGUCUUGGGGUAUUGGCUGUAAUGAUGAUGUACCCGCAGUAUACGCUAGCGUGUCAACGGCGCGAGACUGGAUUGACCAGCAAAUGUUCUCUUUGGGCUAUGGCACAACAUCGUAUUCCGCGCCUUAAACACGUACUUUCAAAUAAAACUGCGAUAACUGAGAUUAAAUUAAAGAAUUGUCUAAAAUUAUGAAAAAAACGA